UAACGGGUAACUUGUCUACAGGGAACUAAAGACUCGCAGGUCAAGGCCGAUGAUUUAAAAAGCGCGAGGUCAUUACGGUUCAAUGCGUUAUGUGUACCUUUUCCUUCUAAAUCCAUCUGCGCUCUGUGAUGAGAGUCCGUUGCUGAAACAGUUUCAGCCACUGGAAGUCUUUAUAUAGAAUUCAAGUAAGUAAAAAAAUAGCCAGCAAACAAUAAUAUUUGCAGACUCACUUGUGUAUAUGCUAGUAACCUUUCUAUUUCUGUAUUUUGAGUACAUAUAUAUACUCACUUGCAUAUAUAUAUAUAUAUUCUUAUUGUUUUGUCCUGUUACUUUCAAACGCGCCAACAGCAGAGAACUUAUUCCAUUUGUGGCUUUCACCAGAGUUGCAUCAAGAAACAUGACGAUUAGUGUUGACACUCAGAUCAGGUACCUGGUGCAGUGGUUUAAUGAGUGGAGUGAGUUGCAGAGAUCUGACUUCCUUCCAGUUAUUGCAGAAAAUUUUCUUAAUAAAACAUAUGUCAAUGGUAUUGUAAACAGUAUAGCAAAUGUGGAUUGUCAGGACAAGCCAAUGUCUUUGUUCCAAUGCAGGAUGAAGCUGUUUAGGGAGUGGAUUCCACAGUGGUCUUCAGAGCACAGGGACAACUACAUGAAGCAGAUUACAGAGAUUGAUCCAGAUUUUGGGGAGAAACUAAAGCAGGAGAUGCAGAAUGGGGUUCAUUCAGAGAUGAAUGGGGUGGGAGAUGAGCUGCUGGAGGACUGAAGUAUUUAUUUAUAAUGUUUUUUUUUGUGAUAACGCGUGGGUGGGAAACUCAAUAUGUUUUUUGGUCAUCAUGAAAUUCAGCAACAUAUCAGCUUCAGCUCAGAUUAAUUACUUUGUGAUAAAUGUUGUAUAAUAAUUUAUAAUAAACAGUUUAUAUAU